AUCGUGGCAUUUGGCUUCUCUGCAGAAAAACACUUUCUUUUCUUUUUUUUUUUUCCCCCCACGAUAAAGUUUGAAGUCCCUCACCGCGGUGACAAAGGGAAGCUUUUGCAUCUUUACGUUGUCCCUGCACAAGUGACAUUUUAGGGCACGUUGGCUUUCCAGCUGCUGCAGAUGACACCCAUCGCCGGCCAACAAAGUCACCUUGCUGAGCAGCACAAACCAGCCCAGCUCCUUCCUGCAAACGGCACGCUUUGCCGCAGAUUUGCUUCUGAGAAGCUUUUAAUUCUCUUCUUAUUCCUUUUCCAUUCCCAUCCCCUGGCUAACUUCUGUUUCAGACUGCUUAACAGUAAGCACGCAGAGCAGGGCAGGUUCUGCCUGCAAGGAGCCAGAUAAACUAUUCUCCUGUGGGCACUUGCCGUUAUAAAACCCACACAAUUUGUGUACAGCAAGACUUUGGGGACCUCUUGGCUUGGCUAGUAUUUUGAUAACUGAGCUUGUGUUGUUUCUCCCUCCCCUUGCCCUGUAGAAGAUACUGUUUAAAAUAUAGCAAGUGGGAAGAGAAAAAAAACCCAAAAGACCUUUUCCCAACAAGGAUAUAAAACUUCCAUCAAAUCAGCCGUGCCACUAGAGACCCAAAGCUAAUAAGUCGAUCUUACAUCUGUACAAUAAACUCAUUUAUUAGGUUUUUAUUUUAAGAGUUGGUGGUAUUAAUUAGAUUGAUAUGGCCCAUAAAUCACUUGAUUUGGCUGAGCCCUCAGAUACUUGUAAUUUAAAUUAAUACAAGUGCAGCUUAAUUAAUCUGAUUAAAUCCUGGGACAAGCAAUGUACUGUUUGCAGCAUCCAGGAGCAAUUCACAGGGAAAAGGAGUAUUUUAAGGGAACGCAGCUUCUCCAUCGGAGGGUCAGAUCGGCUCAGCUGGUGUAUCGAGGUACAAGAGUGGAGCUGCAGAAGAUGCAACCCAAAAAACCAGCACAACGUGCAAGGCGGGAAGCUAGACCUGCAAAGCCAAGCAUCUUUCAAACAUUGGAAAGCCCGGCCGCUUGCAGGGGCUCCGUGCAAAAAGCAGGCGCGGUACAGCCGCUCUCUGGCUCUGCCCCGAGACCCGGCAGCCAGGCAAAGCUCAUCACAGCUUCAGGGCCAGGCGAGGAGCUGAACUUCACAAACUCACAGCAACCGCUCUGGUUUUGGGGAGUCCUGAUCCUCUUUCAUCCGUUGGCACCAAAAAAUGAAUUCGCCAGAAGUGCUGCUGAGGGGAGAGAACAUUUCUUUCCAGGAGCGAAUAACUCGUUAAUCGGUUCUUCCUUGCCCAAGGGACUACGUCCCUGCCUCGUUCCCCAGGACACCGGCAACGAGCAGACCAGGAGGACCAGGCUGAUGCGGAGAAUGGUCUGGGCUGACAGCUCUGAAGAUUGAUGUUCCCUGUCUGUACAGCCCAGACAGCUGCCGGGCAGCCUUCUCCCUACGCUCCUGCUAAUUUGCCUUAAUCCUGAGUUUAAGUGAGGUCCCCAAUGGAUAAGAGUGGAAUUCAGACCCCGUGGUCCGUCCCAGCCUUGGUUUCUCUGUUGCCCACAAGCAGUCCACGUGGGACGGUGGCACAAGUCUGAUAUUUACACCAGUUCCCCAGAAGCCGGAUGAAAACUCCUUCCACGGAGACCACGGCACGUUUAGCAGCAAAGCACCAGCCCAGGGCUUGUGCAGCCGCAGGUUGUUUCCGUUAGAGUACGGCCGCCAUAAAAUAUGUUUUCUUUAAAAGCAGGAGAUAAUGCUAUUAUAGCAGUUGGAUUAAUCUAAUAUUCUCCUUCAUCUUCAAAAGGGAAUUGCCUAAAUGGCCAGAGAGAGACACAUUUUACGAGUCCUUCUUAAGGGCUAUCAAUCAAACUUUCCAAGAAAGGCAUUGAUGCCCUUUUUGCUCACGAGAGGGAAAUCAGAUUCCCCACGGCUUUGCUUUCAGCCUGCUGUAGCCGUGCAGUGUAAUAGCUGCAUCGCAAAUGGUCUGGACAUCCUUUUCUUCCACUUGUACGGGGAGAAAAAAAACCCCAGAACCCAUAUGGAGGAAACCUGUAAGAAGAGAGGGAAACCAGCCCAAUUAGAGGCAAUGAUCUCUUAGCUCUCUGCCCUCUCUCCCCCCUCCCCCCGGAUGAAGCAGAUGUAAAACAAUAGCUUUAUUUGUGAAAAUUUUAAUUGGGUAGUUCAAAGGAAGCAGCGGAGGCUCUUUUGAUCUCUCGGUGUGUUUGAAUGCCACGUUGCAAUGGUGCCUGCUGGCCACGGCGGUGACCUCUUGUGUUAAUUAGUGUUUAUCUGAAAUCGAAUUAGCUCAGAAUUGGCAGAAAGCAGAGUGAAAAUCAGAGGAUAAUCAUAGAUUUGUGUGAUUCUCAAUUAGAAGUAAAAGCAGGU